AUGACAAUGGAAAUUACUCCCUUCAGUCGCGGUAAUAUUCAACCUCCAGAAGCAGAUCCCAGCCCUUCUCCUGGGGACUUUCUCCAAAACCCUUUGUCUCUGACCGCCCAUAAUCCAAUGGCCAAGUCGGUAUCGUUCUCCUCACUGCCGUUCGAACUUCGCGAGCAGAUAUGGCUGUACACGCUUCCACCACGACUGAUAUAUUUACAUCACCAUGAAGUGUAUCCACUGCAGCCUGAGAACCUUGAGAUUUUAGAGGAGCAGGGACUGCCGACUCCGAAUGAUGAGGAGAGAACGACUUCCAUUAUAUUCAAUUAUUUGAUCUACUCUCACGCUACCACGCCAGCAAAAGCAUAUGCACUGUAUGCCAAGGAGAUCAUUGCGUCCCUUCAAAAGAAAGGAAACGAGCGUUCUCAUGAUAUGCCAUCGAAGUGGAAUUUGGAGAAUUUUAAAUUCAAGAGUCCUGGACCCCCAGUCGCGUUGAAUGUUUGUAGGGAGAGCAGGGAGAUUGCAAUUCGAAAGGGAUAUGUUCUGGCGUUCAAACCAGUCAACGUGGGCACGGAAACGGGAAAAGGUAUCUGGAUCGACUUUGAGCAUGAUACCAUCAUGUUUAACACAAAACCUCAAUUCGAACUUAUGCAUAACAGAACGGAACUGCACGAGUUUCUUCGGCUGUUUAUGCAUCAUCUUCCAAAGGAUGUGUCCCAAAUCAAAAAUCUUGCUCUUCGAGGAGACUUGAUCAGUAUCCUGGAAACAAUGAGGAACUGUAGGGAAGAAGUGAUCAACGGUCAAGUUUCAGAGUGGCAAAGAUUUCCGGGAUACUCCAGUUUAAGACACAUUUGGGUUGAUGAUGAAUUUCAUAUUGAUAGUCAUGAAAUGCAAUCUAUGCAGGCGGAACCCCUGGCACCGAGUCCUUUGUUCAGGGGCAAUGAACAUGCAGUGGAGGAGUUUCCGAGAGCUCGUUUGGUUCGGAAUGAUAAUUACGCGAACCCCCCAAGUUGGCCAUGGGGCGUGCCAUCCUUUAAAGUUGUUCGAGGAGCGGCUUGGAAAGAUCACUUUUAA